AGAACAGUUGGAACUGGAUGUUUUAAACAUUGGCCCCUCCAUGUCUAUGUUGCAUGCCAUUUCCUCUUGGAUAUUUGAAACAUUGCUACGAGGUGUUGUCAUAGGAUUCCUCAAGAGUUCCCUUAUCUUUGAUUGUCAGUUUGGUUAAGUUGAGAUGAAAGAGACAUUGCUGCAAGGUAUUGUCUUAGGUUUUCUUCAAACGCUUCCUUGUCUUUGAUUGUCUGCUCAGUUAAGUUGAGACAAAAACUGAGCUCUUGAGCUCACCCUUCAGCCUCCCAUAUGGAAUGCCAUUUCUUCUAUGCUAUUUUAUUACUUCAUCAGAUCUAUAGUUUCAACGAGUUAUCAGACAUUUUAUUUGUUCGCCAAAACAUUAAAAAUAAACUCUCGUGUGCUGCAGGGAUUAGAAAUGGCAAUGAGCUACACCAGAUCAUUGAAAUACAUGAUCUCUAAGGAGGCAGUUGGAAUGGUGGGUUGCAGAACAUUUGCAGCUGGAGGUGGAAAAGCAAAGAAGGGUUCGAAAGGAGGUGCGGCCGCCGAUGCUCCAAAGGCUUCCACACUCAGCAAAGAGGUCAAGUCCACCACAGUGGUUGGUGCCAAUAUACUCAAGAAUGAAGCUGACUCCAAGAUCAUGCCGGACUUUGCAUACCCUGAUUGGUUAUGGCACCUACUGGAUAAGCAGACAGCAUUGAGUGAACUAAGGAGGAAGAAUGUAGAAAGUCUUCCAUACGAAGAACUCAAGCGCUUUGUUAAGCUGGAUAACCGUGCUCAGAUCAAAGACAAUAACUCUGUCGGAGCCAAGAACUGAACUGAAAUCUAACUUCUUUAUUUUUCUUGCUUUCAGCACC